UGAGAUUUGGUGUUGGGUUGACCUAAGCCCGUUUUAUCUAACCUGACCCGGUCUAAAUGUGGUUAUCGCAUAUAUAUAAAUGGAGGCUUCACCGUUACAGUCUCAUUCUUAUUGAGUCUUCACCGAUUCAACCGAUUUAUCUCUUGUGAAUACUCGUGUUUGUAAGUGAGGCAAGAAUGGCAACAACGGAACAACCUAAGGUAGUGACUGAGGAAGCUAAGAUUGAUCUGUUCGAAGAUGACGAUGAAUUUGAGGAGUUUGAUAUCAAUCGAGUGUGGGAUGGAAAGGAAGAAGGAAAAGAACUUGCUCAACAAUGGGAAGAUGAUUGGGAUGAUGAUGAUGUCAACGAUGACUUCUCCCUCCAGCUCAAGAAAGAGCUUGAAAACAAUGCUGACAAAAAGUGAGUUGAAUCUACAUAUCUAGCUUUGUUUUAGGACUUGAAAAUGGCUUUGUUUGCCUGUUACAUUUCUCUUCAACUAUAAAAUUGUUCAACUCUAGAACUUUUGUGGUUUGAUCUUGGCUAUGUUUGUUGAUCAAUAGAUGUUAACGGAUGGAUGUUUAUGACUUCCAUUUGUAUGAA